CUGUAGUAGUGCAUGUUACUGUUAGUUGUUACUGUUCUAUCUUCACUAGUAGUAGUACAAGGUUGAUCAAUAAGGCCAAGGUUAAAAAAUUGGACCUACUAUAAAGUUAGUAGGUGCAUUUAGAAAAUAGUAGUAACAUCUGAUUUUUACCCAAUGCCAACUCUGCGAGAAAAAGUUGCAGAAUUUCUAAGGCAAGUUUCUUCAGGAUCAGAAAGAGGAUGCGAUGUAAAUUCAAGUUGUACGUCUCCUACUACAGGAACAUUCAUUCAAAAAUACUUAAAUGGAGAGUCAAGAAAACGACAACCAGAGAUCUUCUUUGGAAAAUCUUGUUAUGAAUUACCAGUGAAAGAGAUUAGCAAGCUCUCUGAUCAUGAAAUAGCAGCAUUCACUGGACCAUCAGGGGGCUUGAUCGAAGUGAACAGAGUCCAGCGAGCCUUUCAGUCUUCAGAACCUGAUGUUGAUUUUAUAGAUGAAGACUCCAUGGAUAGUUGCAAUAAUAUUGAAAAUGUGGCCACAGAUAAUCAAGAGGUAACAACAAAUGGAAUCCACCCUAAUGAAAGUAUAAAGCAUCAUGAUGGUAAUAAUCAAGAAAACACAGUUCAAGAACAUGAUUUUCCAGAAGAAGAAGAAUAUAUAGCUGGUGUGAAGAACUGGAACAAACCUUCCAGUGAAGCUUAUGGUAUUGCUACAACUCUAUAUGAAUGCCAUCCUGUCACAAGAGAAAAUGCAGGUGAACCAAUUGCUGAUGCUUUUGGAGUCUGUUUGCGAGAAAACAGUGCCAUUCUGGUGUUAGCUGAUGGAGUGAACUGGGGAGAGAAAUCAUGUCUUGCUGCAAGGUGUGCUGUUCAUGGCUGCAUGGAUUACCUUAACAAAGCAUUAUACCGAGAAGGAGGGAAGAUAGAAACUACCUUGGAUAUUUUCAUUUGUCUCCUGCGAUCCUUCCAUGCAGCUCACAAUUUAAUUCUUCAGGAAGAUGGGAUGCUAACAACCUUGUGUGCUGCUGUCUUGUGUCAGAUGAAAGAUAGCAACAAGUUUAUUGUUUGCACUUGUAAUGUAGGGGAUAGUCUUGCCUAUGUUUACAGCAAAAAGUAUGGUGUACGAGAAAUAACUCAAGGAUCUCAUGAUAUUUAUUCAAUGCGAGACAUGAGGGAUGCUCUUGGUGCUCUAGGACCUGUUGAUGGACAGAAUCCUGAACUCAGCAAUCUCACUGUUGCUAUGACAAUAGUUGACCCUGGUGAUAUAGUGUUUUUAACAAGUGAUGGAAUCUCUGACAAUUUUGACCCUGUUGUAGGAAAGUUUGCCCUCCCUAAGAAAACUGAGAGAACUGCACCUAAAGCAACAAUAGAGGACACUCCAGAAGAAAGCAAAAUCCAGAAACAAGAGAUACUACAAAGAGCAAAUAGUAAUGGAGAUGAAAAGCACAGCCCUCAAGCUGAAAUUACUCUGCCAAUGGUUGAAGCUCAUCAGCGGCAUGAGCUUACACUGCUACGGAUGGAAGAUCUUCUAACAAACGGAGUGAAUGAAGGUGACAAGCCUUGUGAAACUGCACGCCAACUGUGUGAGCAGAUGAUUGAUUUUGCUACUAAGCUUACAGUAGCUAAGAGAAGGAUCUUGGAAGAUCCUGAACUUUACAAGGAUAAUGCUGCUGCUUUAAAUCAACUUGAACAGCGUAGACGUCGACGAAAGGUUGGGGAAAAGUUAGCGAUGGUUCCUGGAAAGUUAGACCAUGCUACGGUUGUAUCUUGUAAGGCUGGAAUCCAAACUUUAUCACCUGUCACGACUCUCUCAAAUCACAGAAAUUCUGCUAUAUGAAAACAUUUUAAAGCACUCUGAAGUUAGUGUUUAGGUAUAUUUCAUUGAUUACUGGUAAUUUACUGUGUUUUCCCACACUUCAACUAUUUAAUUCAUAAUUGUACAGUUCUUUUAUUAGGCUGUUUCAUUCAAAUUUACGUAGUGGUAUUCAUAACCAGGAGCAUUUGUUUCAUGUAGCUAUAAAUGUUAAACAUUUUCCAGUCAUUUAGCUUGUACGAAGCAUUAAUUCCCAGUUAGACUUUUUUUUUUUUUUGUAAAGUUAGGUAAAACAUUCUUAUAUGUUAAUUCCAAUAUUUGUAAAAUGAGGAGGUUUGUUUAUUUAUACCCUUGAGAUUUUGUUAAUAGAGUAUUAGUUUAGAUCAGUGGUGAUUGCUAGGAGGUAUUAUACAUGGAAUAAUUUGUCUCAUGAUUCUUGAUGGUACUUUAAGGUAAGAGCAAAUUAUAAUCCAUUCAUCAUAGUCUUUCUUACAUAGGAAGUUUUGUUAUAUGUGGAAUAAGAGUACUGGCAGGCUUUAACAGCAUAUAGUCUGUAAAUCAGUAAAGCCUAGUGUUGUUUAGCUUAUUGAAUUGAUGUCAAAUUGCAUAAAUUUACAAUAAUAUUAAUUUUAAAAGCUUUUAAAGAUAAAUAGUAAAAAAUAACAAAUAAAGAAUUACAGAGUAAGUGUUCUGUUGUUUAUCAACUCACAUGGUCACAGUAAAUGCACUUUAGUUUUCACAAAAGACGUUUUCCUUCUUGUAAUAAUUUACAGACUUGUUUUUGCAAUUAAUGUUUUAUGAAGAUUUCACUUUACAUGUAAGCCAAUAGACUACAAGAGUUUUAUGUUUAAUUUUAUUUGUCAUGCAGUAUAAGGUUGUCUUUGUAUAGUGUGCUAAAUAGUAAUUUAAAAAUGUAACGUUUAAGUAAUGAAUGUUGCCAACAUGAGAGAAAGAAUAGCCUUAAAGUUAUACUUCUUCAUAUGCAUAUAGGAAGUUUUUAAACUUAUAUAUCUAUAACUGACAGAAAGGGUUCUACAAGCAAUGGAAUAACUUAGCUUUGCCUUUAUGCAUUUUACAGAAAAUAAGCUGUAAGAUUUGUUUCUGAAAUGCUGUUUGAUGGUCUCUUCAUCUGGUUCAUUCAUUAUUUGGCAUUCUCAAAUUUUUGCAUUUCACAAUCAAGUUCAUGAUAGUUAAAUAAAGUGAAGAAAACAAUUAUGAUUUUAGUAUAGAAUUUACUUUUAAAUGAACAUUUUAUAAUCAACAAGAUUUCAAACAAACAUGUAAUUCUUGAGGUCGCACUUCUUUGUUAACUAGUAAACAGACCACAGUUUCUUUACCUUUAUCCAUAUAUUAAGAAACUUUCCUACACAAUUCUGAAUACAAGCUAUAAAUACUUCGGAUUUCAAAGUCAUUUAUGUUUUGUGUUCGAAUUUGUUAUGAUUUGGCAAUUUUGAAUUUUCUGAUUUUCUUCUGUAACCAUAUUUCUUUAUUUUACUAGAGUAAAUUAUUUUCUGAUUCUUUAAUUUUUUAUUCUUUAUAACUGUAUGAACUCCCAAAUAGCUCUAAAGGCUGUUGUGAAGAAACUGUUUUUUGUCAUUCACUGUUUGCUGUAUUGACCAAUUCAACUAAACAUGUUGUAUGUAUUUAGUGUUGCCAUUUAGUAAUUCUGUUGUUUUGUUUGCAUUUCCUGAAACUGAUAUGCCAAAAAGGAAGCAUUUUUAAAAUUUCAUGAAAAUGACUUGUAAAUGCUUUUUGGCUUCAAACAAUAUUGCUUGUAUGUUUGUAUAGAGGAAGUUUGAUUUUCUUUUGAAUCUAAAAUUUGUUGAAACUAAUAAUAUUUAUCUUUUUGUUUUUCAAACUACAUAAUAUACAUUAUUUGAAUAUGAAAUUUCUCAUUGGUUAAUCUUGAAAAUGUUUGGUGGGAAGGAAAAAUAGUGACUUUGAAGAUUUUUAAUUGAUAUACCAUACGUUGUAUUUGUUAUAUUGGUAGUUUAUGCUUGGAUAAAACUGCUUGUCCAGUGACACUCAGCAAAGUGUGGAAAUUUAAGUUUUCUUUGUAAAUAAACUUGUUAACCCAGCUAUACAUAUGUUAUUUCUACUUUUAUAAGACAUUAUGUAGAUGAAAACUUUUCAAGUCACAUAUGUCAAGUUUAGAUUUUUGGUGUAUAUUUACAGAUGUGUACAUGUAUUGGUAUUUAUAAUUAAUUUAACCUCUUUGAUGUCUGUUACGUUCACCUCUAGUUAUUGUUUUAGAAUAAUUUAAUAAUUUGUGAGUUAGAUUUAAAAGCAAGUUUUUAAAUGGACUAAUGAAUUCUUCCAUAUAAUUUUCAUUAUUAAAAUAGAAAAUAUGUAAACCAUGAUUGAUAAACAUGUUAGAAUGUUAUAUGUUAAAAGUAAAUAUAUUUGAUGGUGUAUGUAUUUUGUGGUAAUUCAAGGUUUAUAUGUGUUCGUACACAUAUAUGAAGAAAUGUAAAAUACCUGGCAUGACCAGUAACAUAAUUUUCUAUACUUCUUUAACUGAAAAACUGGGAGAAGGUGUCCAGUGAACAGUACAUUCUUAUGGUGAGAUAGAUCAAAGUAAAUAAGAUAGAUAUAUAUGGAUCAUAUAUAUAUAUAUUUCAUUGCAAAACUAAGAGAAACUCUAUUACAAAAUAUCGUAUGGUGGGAAGUAUUCGGGUAGUUGGACUAACAUGAAGAGGAUAAUUUAUAUUUUCUUUAAAUUGUAAAUUUGCUCAUACAAGCAGGUUCAUUUUCGAUGACGAGGAACCCACUUUGAGACUAAUAAUGGCUAGAGACGGCUUGA